CGCCUGGCGGCAGUUCUGCGCGUCGUCCUGCGGUGCGUUUUGCGGGAGUUGCGGGCGUGCGCUUGCUCGGCCACCUCCAGGGAGAGGACGCGUUUUACGUCGCGGUCGUGAUGCCUCCGACCUGAAAAAAACGACGCCCCAUCAGAGUGGCGCGUCGCGACGAUGUCUUCGCAAGUUGAGUUAACGUCGCUGGCCUGAAAGGGACGAGCCGUCAUCGUCGUUUACAGUUCCCGUUCUUCACUCCCGCCCACUGCUACCGAUGCGCCUUCUUCGCGCCGUGUUCGUGUUGCUCGCCGCUACCGCAUGGAGUGCGCAGUGCCUUCACCUGCGGGGCACCUUCCGCACGGGACAGUUCUUCACGUUCCUCGCGAAGUUCGGCUUCAAGAAGACCGACCGGCAUGACCACGAAAACACGCUCGGCUACAUCUACGGCAACGUCACGGCGACGUCGGCGGCGAAGGGCGACCUCACGCACCGCGGUACGCUUGUGGUCGCCGACAGGGACAACUUUCUCGCCUUCUACGGCAAUCGGACGCAGGGUUACGCUGACGCCAGCUCGUCGUCAGUCUGCGACCUCAUGUUCGCGGCCAUCAACCGGGUCGCCUUCGACAGCAACUGCAACCCGAACGGCACGCAGGACUUUCUCCGAAACGUACCCUGCGCGGCCGGAAAGCUGUGCGAGGAUGAGGACAAGCCAAGUCGCGUAGUAGCCGGUCACCAGUUCACCUACACCGUACGCGAUCUUCAUCAAGCUCGUUUUUGGUACGUCAGCAUGGUCUCGUGCUACCGGGAAGGCAAGGGCAAAGACUGCAAGUGGAAGGACUCGGUCGACGAGGACAUUGAGAUAGCGUACGACAUCUGGCUUGUGAACGGCAACCCGGCUGCGCCCUCUCACAACGUUUUCGAGUACCAGUUCUCCUUUGAGCAGCAGGGCAGCCUGGAGAGGGUUCUCCUCUUCUUCCUCCUCUACCUGGUCCUGGCAGGGCUCCAGGUGUACGCCGUAAUUCGACAGAAGCACCUUGUCACGCGACUCUUCACGGCCGCCCUCACCCUGCAGCUGCUCUCGUUUCUCUGGACAAUCGCACACCUGGCCAUCUUCGCCAUGGACGGCGACGGGGUCCCGUCACUGGGGAUCGUGGGGGACGUCAGCUACAUGCUGUCUCAGUCACUGUUCAUGCUGCUUCUGCUGCUACUUGCCAAAGGCUGGGCCAUCACGCGUACAGAGCUGACGUGGAAGCCAGUACUGUUCUGUAUUUGGUUCGUCUACAGCUGCAUACAGAUCCUGCUCUACGUCUGGAACAUGACGGAAGUGGAUGUAAUCGAAGAGAUCGACGAGUACCAGACGUAUCCGGGCUGGAUCUCCCUCUGCUUCCGGCUCGUGGUGACCGCCUGGUUCCUCACGGAGCUGCGGUCCACCAUGAUGGACGAGAACGACCACAGGAAGCUGCGCUUCUACCUCCACUUCGGAGCGGGGCUCCUCUGCUGGUUCGUCUAUCUGCCCGUCGUAGCGCUCAUCGCCCUCCAGGUGUCGGCCCUCUGGAGGCAGAAGUUCAUACUUGGCAUCAGCUCCUGCGCCGACUUCCUGGCGUACGCCAUCAUCACGCAUCUGCUGUGGCCCACGCGGAGUCAGCAGUACUUCCAACUACAGUCCGAGCUCGGACCCCGGGGACGAGCUCGAGGAGCUCAACGAAGCCCCGCACAACCUCCAGGCCAACUGUCGAAAGCAAACUAAGAGGAGUCACGCAAGCAUCUUCUGUUAGAGAAUCCGAAGCACCCACUGCAGUUCGUAAUGACUCGGCAAGAAGAGACUACAUCUCUCUUUAAGUGCUUCCCGCUUGCCGGCCUCCGCAAAAAGCCUGCCGACGCGUGUUUGACGCUCCUGCUCGACAUUGUUUAUCAUACGUAGCACCCGCACUUGUUGCAUCGAGUACUUAUAUGUACAGGAUUGUCUUCUUAAUUUCGAAGAAACGCGCUUCUUGUUUUUCUGAUGGCGCGGAGUCGUUUCGAAGCGGUCGUCGUGGUGCUGGGGUUCCCGUAGCCCAAGUUAUUCUUCGCGUCGCUCGUAGAUGAACCUCUUGCUCAUGGCAAUGAGAUGCAACGAUAACGUCCUAUACAUAAACCGUUAUUGUCCUGUUAUGCUAACGGACAGCUUGGCCUAGAUAAGGCUACGCCAGGUAGGCCAGAAUCUUGUAGCGUAUUAGACGUCGAAAUGAACGUUUUCAAUGCGCGCUUGUGUGCAACAUUCCCGUGCCACGUGCAAAGCAGACAAAUUACCCUGCUAGGUGGUCCAUAAAACUCUAGAAUGAUACCUGUAUAGACUAGUUUUUAAGCAAUGCCAUUUUACUUUCCACCCAUGCAGCGAUGCCGAAAUUGUCUAGCAAGGAUGAGUGUGUGGUCUAGCAAGGAUGAGUGUGCAGUCUAGCAAGGAUGAGUGUGCAGUCUACCAAGGACGUGCGUAUGGUCUAGCAAGAACGAUUGUACCGUGUCACAAAUCACAAUGUGCCUAUCUCGUUAGGAUUGGGUUACGACCAUUUCACGCAUGAAGCUCUUCACAGUGAGGACUUCCGCACCUGCUUUGAGGCUCGCUUAGCAGAAGAGACAACUGGACUCGUAAUCUCAGCUUGCUCGAAACGUCCUCUCUUUUAAUCUCGGAUGACCCGAAGUUGCGUGGCUUUAAAUUGAACAGUGGACAAUCGUUUGGACUGUGUUUGCAGUGCCGUGUUUUUUCUUGCAAAGACUUGUUUCGGUUGCGUGCGUAUAUGCAAUGCAGUAUUUAGCGCGACUAGUCAGCAACUUGUAUCAAGGAUGAUGACUGUACCACUGUGGCCGAUAUUUCCUGAGAAAGCUGUGAUCUUCCGUUCCUCUUCGCUUUUUCCUUUCGUCUCCUGUUUUAUGUCAGAAUGAUCUGAGGGACGCUGAAGCAAUGUGUACACUUGUUUCAGCACUGGCGGCACACCGCCUUUUUCAUAGGGUGCCAAGUGCGACCACUCUGAGGAAUCCUCUUUUUGAGGGCCCCUCUUUGAGCUAACUAUAUUGCCAUGUCUCAUGCACUGAAUAGCUGUGUUGGAGGCAUGCUUUAUUUUCAUUUUUUUCUCUUUGUGUGUGUUUUCUGCAAUGCCUUAACAUUUCAUUUCCUCGUUUUAGUGCUGUUCACUACUUUCCUAAACCUGCGUUUCCAUUUUAUUGUUUGUUUUAAAGUUCUGACUGAUAAGUGUGUGGCACCAGAGCAUUUAAUUACUUGUUUCUCAAUGAUUCUGGUGUCUUGUAACAAUUUGUUGUUGGUUUUAAAAAAAGAAAUAAACUGAUGGAAGAAUGAGCA